AUGACGAACUAUUUAGACAGUUAUAAAAGUAUAUUUCUUGAUAUAAAAUUACGAGAUUUUUUUACAAUAUUUUCGUUGAUACGCAAUGAAAAACGUCUUUCAUCUUAUAACAUUUUAAAUCAAAAUUUAACUCAAUUUUGGUUGGACAAAAAUCAUUUUACAAAUCAUUUUUAUCUACCAUUAUUAUGUGUUCGUACUGGUUUCGAUUUAUUUUUACGUGUUAAUCAAUUUCCUGAACAAAGUGAAAUAAUUAUGUCUGCAAUAAAUAUUCCAUCUAUGAUUACACUUGUGCAAUAUCAUAAUCUAAAAGUUAUACCAUGUGAUAUUAAUUUAGAUACAUUAAAAAUCGAUAUAAAUCACGUCAAACGUUUAAUAACAUCUAAAACUGUUGCUAUUGUUUAUGCACAAAUAUAUGGAAGAUGUGUUGAUGUAUCGGAAUUAAUUGAUUUAGCAUAUGAAAAAAAUCUUUAUUUUAUUGAAGAUUGUGCAGAAAGUUUUGCAGGAUUCUGCUCAUGUUCAUCGAAAGACAAAACUACGAAUCUCGAUUUGUAUUGUCCAACAAGGAUUCAGAAUAACAGUGAACCGACAUGUUAUAUGGGUCAUCCACGUUCUCAUAUAACUUUAUAUAGUUUUGGUGUUUUAAAAUUCUGUACAUCAUUAGGUGGUGGCCUUGCUAAAAUAUCCGAUUAUAAUUUAUAUAAAAAAAUGUCUGAACUCUAUGAAAAAGAUCCUAUUCAAAAUACUGAACAAUAUUAUACAAAUGUAAAAAAAUAUUUUUAUUUAUUUUGGUUAUUAAAUAUUCCAUAUGUUAUUAAACCAUUAAUGUCUAUUAUACGUUUAUUGAAUUUAAAUCAUAUGGAAUUUGUUGUGAAUCGUUUACGUGCAUUUUCAAAGCCUCCACAACCUUCAGAAUUAUUUCUUUCAUUACGUCGUCAACCAUGUCGUCCAUUAUUAGCUUUUCUCUAUCAUCGAUUUCAAACAUAUGAUUAUGAACAUUUACAUAAACAAAAAGAAAAUGCUUUCUAUGUUAUCAAUAAUUUAAAACAAAUAUCAACUCUACAAUUUAUUGGUAUGAAUUGUCAAUUAAAAAAUUUUUGGUUAUUUCCUAUAUUAGUUUCUAAACCUGAUUUAUUUGUUAAAAUUUUAUCAAAAUAUCAUAUUGAUGCAUAUCGUGGUACAACACAAUUAAAUGUUAUUACAAAACAAUUACUUGAUGCAGAUAAUUUACCGAUAAGUAUAGAUGAUCAUCAUAAAUGUCCAAAUGCAGAAUAUUUAAUUGAUCAUGUUAUUUAUUUACCUGUACAUUGUUAUGUACCAAAAUAUGUUUUAAAACAAUUAAUUGAUAUUGUUAAUAGAACAGCUCAAGAAAUUGAACAAUAUCAUUUAAGAUCAAAAUUAUAA